ACCAUACUCUAUAACAUAUUUCCAUAGCAGAUCUAUUUAAGCAUGUUAUGUUUAUAUUUAUAUAAUAAUAACAUCAACAUUCGACACAAGUGUACCAGUAGAAACAACACUCCCAGUUCUAUAAAAUAUAUACCGUUAUUAUAACACACAGAAUACUCUAUAGAAACAUACAUGAUACAGUGAUCUCCCUUGUCUAUAUCAGCUGUAACUGUUCAAUAACCAAUUAUAUACAACAAUUAUCGAUAUGUUUGAUCGGAUUUUAACAUAUUAAAAAAGAAAGUCUUGAUAGUUAUUUUCAAAUCCUGUUUCAUAUUCUAUUUACGUCCUUGGAGAAAUAUAUAUCUAAUUUAGAUCGUAAUUGAUUUAAUUGUCACUAACUGCGAAUCAUUUAAUUUUAUAUAUGUGUAUAUAAUUAUUAAGUAUAAGCUUCAAAUUUGUGUGGUUAUAUACUGAAUUCCAUUAUACAAUGUGAAAAAGUGGUUCGUUUGUCUUUCGUUUUGUGAUAUCCUAAGCAAGGAAAGUGAACCCCAUUAUGUAUACUCGCAAAUUAUACAGAAACAACUGUAGAGAACCGAUAUGUAUUAAGACGUCUAUCAUGAUGAUAAUUUUGAGAUAACUGUUUGUCACUUGGCAUAUUCUUAUCUACCAUAUUCAUUUAAAAAUACUCAUUAAAAGGUACUCGUUAGAAUACCUUUUAGUGUACCCAUUUUGAAAGAUACGUAACGCUACAGUCUGAAGUUUCACCUUUCUCUGUGGCAUUCGUGGAGAGUAAUUCAUUGGGAAAUAAAUAAAUAAAUAAAUAAAUAUUGUUAUUGUGGAAUAUGUCAAGUAUCAUUUCUCGUGUAAUUAUCAAACAAGUACACAUGGCAGAAAGAUAUUGGCGUUCUGAUAAUACCAGAUAACUUUCCAGAGUCGAAUCAAAGAUGAGGUGUGGAAUUUAUAGAAAAUUAUUUUCACUUAAAGUUUUGUUGUCCACAUACGUGUAGAUGUUGCAGUGGAAAAUCCAGUCAUUGUGAAGUAUUUGUCAAGAUUUGAUAUUUAAAAAUGCACAAGAGAAAACUCAUUGGAGAAAGACGAUUUUGUGAAAAAUGUGGGAAAUCGUUUGUAAAUGACAUGGCUCUAGAAACACACAGAAGAAGGCACGCUGAAGAAAGGUCCUAUCAUUGUGAUGUUUGUGGGAAAUCAUUUUUCGUUGUUGGGUAUUUAAAUAGGCACAAACGAAUACACACUGGCGUAAAGCCAUAUCAUUGUGAAAUAUGUGGGACAUCUUUUCUCCGUAAUAGCCAUUUGGAAAGACAUAUAAGGAUACACACGGGAGAAAAACCAUUUCAGUGUGAAAUAUGUGGAAAAACUUUUGCCCGUAGUAGCCAUGUAAAAAUACACGUAAGGACACAUACUGGAGAAAAACCGUUUCACUGUGAAACGUGUGGGAAAGCUUUCAUUGAGAAUAGUAGUUUAAAAUCACACAUAAGAGUCCAUACAGGAGAAAAACCUUUCCAUUGUGAAAUAUGCGGAACCUCUUUCAGUCAAAACAGUACUUUAAAAGGACACGAACGAAUACACACUGGUGAAAAGCCAUAUCGUUGUGAAAUAUGUGGUAACUCUUUUAGCGAUAAGAGUACCUUAAAAGUACAUAAAAGAAUACACACUGGAGAGAGACCAUUCCAGUGUGAUAUAUGCGGGGCCUCUUUUAGUUAUAAGAGUACUUUAAACGGACAUAAAGCAAUACACACGGGAGUGACCCCAUAUCAGUGUGAAAUAUGUGGGAAAUCUUUCUGUAAAAAUACUACUUUAAAAUCACAUAAAAAUCUACACACUGGAGAAAAGCCAUAUCACUGUGAAAUAUGCAGGAAACUUUUCUCCAGUAAUUCUUCUCUUAUAAAUCAUAAACGCAGUCACAUUGGAGAAAAUGAAGCUACAUCAUUGUGAAAUGUUUGGAAAACUUUUCUGAAUUCUAAACUUGUCGCCCAUAAACAAAUACAUACCAUAUCAAUGUGAAAUAUGUAAGAAAUAACUCAGUAAAAGUUUGAUUGUAAGUCGCGCGUGCACACACUCUCUCUCUCUCUCUCUCUCUCUUGUUAUUGCGGAAUGUUUUAAGUAUCAUUUCUUGUGUAAUUAUCGAACAAAUACACAUUACAGAAAGAUAUUGGCAUUCUGAUAAUUUCAGAUAACGUUUUCAGAAUUGGAUCAAAGAGAUGAGGAAUUUAGAGAAAAUUACUUUUAAUUUAAAGUUAAUUUAUUAAACUCAAAAAUAUAUCAUUAAAGAGAUUUGUUUCAAAAACAAUUGCAUCAUGGUAUUGAUUCUUUAUUUUCUUCUAUUUAUUUAACUAACAAUGUCUUUCACCUCACAUGUA